CACUAAGUUGUAUUAAAACGUAUAUUAGUGGUCAACUGAAGCUGCCAACCUGACCAGACCAAAACCCUUUGUUGUUUUAUGUAAAUUUUUUAGGGCAAUUGCAAUUGCAGAUCGUUGAUCAUUGAGAUCAUUGAUUGAAUGGCUCGGGCAGGAGGAAUAACCAAUGCGGUAAACGUAGGCAUAGCAGUUCAAGCCGAUUGGGAGAAUCGCGAGUUCAUUUCUCAUAUCUCCCUCAACGUUCGCCGCCUCUUCGAUUUCCUUGUUCAAUUUGAGGCUACGACAAAGAGCAAAUUGGCCACAUUGAAUGAAAAGCUUGAUACUUUGGAACGUAGACUUGAACUUCUUGAAGUCCAAGUGGGUACAGCCUCAGCUAACCCUUCUCUUUUUUCAAAUUAAACAACCUUUGCCCUUGUACUUCUACUACUACAUUGCCUCAUUUCUAUUGAUCUCUGUAAACCCAGUUUCGAAGUAUUAUUGUAUUUCUUCUCUUUUUUGUUAAAUUAUUCGAUUUUUAAUGUUUUAGCUACCAUUCAGCUACUGUCUUGUCUGCAUAUAUUUACAUAUGUACAAUAAUAAAUAAGCUGGCCUUCGUUUCAUGUUA